AUAAAACCAAACAAACCCAGCAAACCCUAAUCGUAAGAAAAAUUCAUCUUGUUUACAAUUAUAAAAAUGCAUCGACGUGUAAUUUCCGAAGCAGAUAAGAUCUGCGGUUGGCCAGAAAAAGUUCUAUGUCGCGAAGAGAUUUCCAAACCAGAUAAGAUCAGCGAUUUACCGGAAGAAGUUCUAGGUCGCAUUCUCUCUUUUCUUACCACCAAAAAGGCGGUUUCCACAGGCAUACUGAGCAAGAGGUGGAUUAAUCUAUGGAAAUUGUGUGAUAGUAUUGAUUUCAUCGGCAUCGAAGCUGAUAGCUUCGAAGAUUCAGUCAACUCCGUUUUGGAUUCGCCAGACGCUGUUGGCUCUCGUUUCAUCAAAGAUUUCUCCCUGGACUGUACUCCCACUUGUCUCCACGUGCACAAUCUAUUCAAAUGGAUCAAUUUUCUUGUUCAAUGCAAAAUCCAAAACCUUCUUAUUCAUAUAGAUUUGGAUGAAAUUGGUUAUCAUUUGCGACCAAAAUUGCCCUCUAGUAUUUUCGCUAGCAAAACUCUUGUAAGGCUCGAACUCUGGUGGUUUUGCCUAGAGGGUUUUGCUUUUUCUUCGGUUGGAUUUCCCUCGCUCAAAAUCCUUCAUUUGAGAGGGAUUAUUUUUCCUGAGCCCCAAGGAGCUAGAGAAUUUUUGCUGCUUCUGUCUGCAAGUCCAAUUCUCGAGGAUUUAGAGGUAUGUUAUGUAUUGUUGGGUUGUAUGGAGGAGGAGGAGUCCGUCAUCUUCCAGGAAUUUAGAAGUUUAAGGUUACCCAAAUUGACUACAGCAACUAUCAGUUAUAGUCCGUGGUCAUGCAUACCGCUGGAAGCACUCACUAGUUCCAAGUCUUUGUGCUUAGGCUAUUUACUGUCUCACCAAGCAUACAAGGUGAAUCAACCCCAGGGCCCUAUCUUUCAUAAUUUGACCUCCCUCGAGCUCCACAAUAGUUGGGAAUUGGUUGGAAAAGUGCUCCACCAGUGCCCCAAGCUUCAAAAUCUCAAACUUUACGAGGACUGUCAUGGGAUAAGGGAAGGAAUGAAGAGAGAAUUUCUUGAAGAUUAUCCAGAAAGUUGGGUGGAUCCGGAGUGUGUGCCACAAUGCCUUUUAUCGCAACUUAGAAGUUGCACUAUUGAGAGCAUUCUAUUCCUUAUGUUACCAACAUAUAUUUUGAAGAAUGCAAGAAUUUUACAAUCCAUGAAAAUCGAAAUCCCGUGCAAAAUAAAACAAAGAAGAAUGUCUCUAUGCCCAAAGGCCUCUCCAACAUGUGAACUCAUAGUUUAUGGAUAAUAUAUUUGGGAUGAGACCCUGAAAACAUUUGAGCUUUUCUUGGAGCUAAAUCUUUGGCAGCUCUGGUGUAUGUUAUGCCCACCUUGAGUUUAACUGAUAGCCCUGUCCUAUUGUCUUUGAUGUAAUUAUAGCACUGUUCGUGCUCUUUCUUUUAUAAAUUAAUGUUAUUGGCUUUUUUUCAAAAUAAAGAGACUAAAUUUAAAUACCUCUUUGAAAAAAAUUACACAAGUCAUCGAAAUUUACGUAAAAUUUUCAAUUGUAAAGAGCUGACAAAUCUUAUUUCUAUAUCUUUACUCGUUAUAGUCGCACCCAACCUAUUAACUAUUAUCGAAGAAAUAGUGAAGGCUAAAGACUAAAGAUUCAGGAGGCAUAUCCC